GACCUCCAAUAAGCAGUACAGCGCAGCCGACGAACGUGAUCCGGCCUUCUUUUGUUUAAUAAAUUAAUUAAAAAAAAAAAUAUCCGUCUAUAAAGACACUAGUCUAGUUUAAUUUUAGUUUUAUUGUUUCUCUGUGUGCGUAAAAUGAGGAAUAAAGUGUUGUUUCUUGUGUCGUCGCUUUUUUGGAGCUAUGUUCUUUCAGAUCAAUGCACGACGCCGCUCGGCGAGGUUAGCGAAUGCGUCUCAUUGUACGAUUGCUCUCAACUGUUGUCUGCGUUUGAGCAACGGCCUUUACAAAGCAAAGUGGUCAGCUUCCUGAGACAAUCACAAUGCGGUUUUCAGGGAUACGUACCAAGAGUUUGUUGUGGGCCUUUACCGGCGCAACAAGAGAGGCAGACUACGCCACGUUCAAGAACAACGCGGCCUCCGACCAAUGCGGUCGGCCACGUCGACCCCACAGUGCCAGAAGACUCGUCCCCGGCUCCUCGGAAUCAAUGCGGAGUGGACACACAAGGUGACAGAAUCUAUGGGGGUCAGUUCACGGACUUAGACGAAUUCCCUUGGAUGGCUUUGCUUGGAUAUCUGACGAGUAGGAAUACCAUAACCUAUCAAUGCGGCGGUGUGCUCUUCAACGCUCGCUACGUGCUAACGGCUGCUCAUUGUUUGAUCGGUGCAAUCGAAAAGGAAGUCGGUAAAUUGACUACGGUUCGUCUUGGCGAAUACGACACUCAAUCUGACCGGGAUUGUGUUGACAAUGUGUGUGCGGAUCCGCCGCAAGACAUCCCAGUACUUGCCGUCUAUCCUCAUCAGGGAUUUAGCGACCAGAAUAAGAACAGAAAAGAUGAUAUUGGCUUAAUUCGAUUGGCGAGGAGAGUUACCUAUUCAUAUUACGUUCAACCUAUCUGCCUCGUCGAACCGAACGGUCGAUUGGACGUAGGUAAUGACGUUUUCGUUGCGGGCUGGGGGAAAACCUUAAACGGUCGCAAUAGCCCCGUCAAAUUAAAACUCAAUGUUCCAAUAUUCGCAAAGAAUGAUUGCGCCUCAAAAUAUAGACAAUUAGGAGUUGAUUUGACUGAUAGGCAGAUAUGUGCUGGUGGUGUAUUCGCCGAAGACGCUUGUAGAGGAGACUCCGGCGGACCUCUUAUGUUGAGGAGACCUGAUGGCGUUUGGGAAACAGUUGCAGUUGUCUCAUUUGGUUAUGGCUGCGGACGUGAUGGAUGGCCAGGAGUUUACACUUCGGUAGCUAAUUACAUAGAUUGGAUCGAGUCGACUUUGCAAUCGUCGAACGAGUGAUAAAUUUGUGAUAAAUACUCAGUUUUUUUAUGUCUAAGUCAGUGGAAGCUUCACAGUUUUCGAUUUACUGUCUAUUUGUUAUGAUAAUAAUGAUAUAGCUUAAUAUUAAUGACAACUAUUUACCAUAUACUACGACUGUAAAAUUAUAAAUUUGACAAAUAACAUUGUUUAUUUGAUUUAUGAAUUUUGUUGUACUGGUUUUAAUAUCUUUAAAAUGAAAUUUAUUGGAGGUUUUAUUGUUAAAAAAUUAUGUCCAACAAAACAACAUGUACAUAAUAGUUGCUGGACGUGGAAUAUUUAUCCAGAAACCGAAACCUAAAUAGAUACUUAGGUAAUUAUGUUACAUCAUGCCCAAAUCCAAAUAAUUGGAUGUAAAAAUCGCAAGCUUUGUGUGUGUCUGAGAUUGAUAAAGGAGCCCCUCUUACUGUUAGAGAAAUAGCAACAUUAUAAUUGAUGUUUAAAAUAAUCUGGUUAAACUUGGCGGCAAACUCGAAGAAUACCCUAUCGCGGAAAAAA